AUGGCCAGCGAGAACCGUGGGCCGACGCUCCAAGGAGUGGCCAUCGCCCUUGUGACGAUGGCGGUCAUUUCAUUCAGUCUGAGGGCCUAUGUACGCGCACGCAUGGUCAAGGCCUUCGGUGUAGAUGACUGGUUCAUGUCGGCCGCGACGAUAACGUUCGUCCUCUUCGUCACAUGUGUAAAUAUCGGCGUGCAUUACGGUACCGGCCGCCACGCCUCCGACCUGUCUCUGUCAGACUUCGAGAACGCCAUGCAGUUCUGGUACUACUGUUACAUCUGGUACUGCUGGACUAUGAUCUUCUCAAAGAUCUCCAUCGGAAUCUUUCUGCUGCGAAUUAUCGUCGAGCGCAUCCAGGUCUGGUUCAUCUAUUUCGCCCUGAUGAUCAACGUCAUGACCGGACUCGUCUUUUUCUUCGUCACGACGCUUCAGUGCCACCCUGUCUCUUACUUCUGGAACAAGGAAAGCCAAGACGGCACUUGUAUCCCCAUCGGCAUCAUUAUCGCCCUCACGUAUCUCUACUCGAGCCUCAACAUAAUCUGCGACUUCACGUUUGCCCUGUUACCGAUCUUCAUUGUUCGCAAGCUUAACAUGAAACGGAGAAUGAAGAUCGCCAUCGUCCCUCUGCUCAGCAUGGGCUGCAUCGCGAGCUCCGCGGUUGUCGUCCGGCUUGCAUACGUUGAGACAUUUAGGAAUCCUGACUUCCUAUUUGCUACAGUCGACAUCGCCAUCUGGUCCACCGUCGAAUGCGGCCUGGCUAUCACAGCCGGUAGCCUGGCCUGCAUCAGGCCAUUGUUUAAGGUCCUCGUCCAUCAUCUCGGCCUUUCUACCGAGUCUUACUUGCCUCCGUCGAAGCACUUGGCUGGGGCCUCCGGUAAACACGCACCGCCUCCGACGAUCGGCUCCUCAAACAAGGCGCUUCGCCGCAGCAGCGACAUCUUCCACAUGGGGACCAUGUUCACACGCGUCGAUAAGGACGAAGAGGCCCAUGACGACCUCGCAUCGACAACGAAGCUCGUCCCAGGCGCGGGCGGCAUAGUGAAGACCAGCACCGUCCGGGUCAAGAUCGAGCCGGUCACGACUGCGGGGUCUGGGUCAGGGUCUGAGAGGGGAGGCUCAAAGCCGGAGCGUUCCGAUACUACCGUCCAGCGCGUUAUCACAACCGGUGAGCAAGUGCUCUGCCUCGCAUCACACUUCCCAUGCCUCGUGCCCAUGCACACCCUGGUGACGCCCGGGGCAUGCACUGAUCCGCCGCGCGGAACAGAGUCGGCGGUGAUGUGCGGAUUUCUCGGGUCCCGCGUCCUCCCCCCGAGCGCGAGCACGACGGUGUGCGAGUGA